CACGGUGCUAGGCUGCAUCCGUGCCAGCGGCUCUCGCCAUUUCGGGAAUUAUAUGUUUUUAUUCACAUAGUUGUUCUAGAAAAGGUUAUUUCUCUCCGACUUCAGCUACAGUGAUAGCUAAGUUUGGAGAGGAGAGAAGGGAGAUAUUCGUGUUUUGCGUAGGAAUAUAUUUACAGCGAGGAUUUACUUUGCCUGAGCCUUACAAAGGAGUUCAAAUCCCGGCGAGGAAAAAACACAAUCGAUAAAUAACGCACAAUGGACAGCCCUGCAUCAAAGAAACCUCGGUGUGAGAGGUUCCGCGAAUUCUUCAAGUCUGCAAAAUUCCUCAUUUACGUCGGACAUGCCCUCUCGACAUGGGGGGAUCGAAUGUGGAAUUUUGCCGUGGCUGUGUUUCUGGUGGAGUUGUAUGGCAAUAGUUUACUCCUGACAGCCGUGUAUGGACUGGUGGUUGCGGGGUCCGUGCUCUUACUGGGCGCUAUUAUUGGUGACUGGGUGGACAAAAACCCCAGACUGAAAGUGGCACAGACAUCUUUGGUUGUCCAGAACAGUGCUGUCAUUCUCUGUGGUGUCCUUUUGAUGGCUGUUUUCCAGUUCAAACAACAGCUUUCUAGCAUGUAUGAUGGAUGGUUACUGACAACAUGCUACAUAAUGGUCAUCUCCAUUGCUAAUAUAGCUAACCUGGCCAGCACAGCUAUGUCCAUCACCAUCCAAAGAGACUGGGUUGUGGUUGUGGCUGGAGAUGAUCGGAGCAAAUUGGCAGAUAUGAAUGCAACUGUCAGAAUAAUUGACCAGUUGACCAACAUUCUGGCUCCGAUGCUUGUGGGCCAGAUCAUGGCAUUUGGCUCCCACUUCAUUGGCUGUGGUUUUAUCUCUGGCUGGAACCUGUUCUCCAUGUGCCUGGAGUACUUCCUGCUUUGGAAAGUUUAUCAGAAAACUCCAGCGCUUGCCUUCAAGGCAGGACAGAAGGACAGCGAUGACCAAGAGCUGAAACAUCUCAACAUACAAAAAGAAAUUGGAAACACUGAAAGCCCAGUUGAAGUCUCCCAGCUGAUGAAUGAAAGCUCUGAGGCCAAAAAGGACACCGGGUGCUGCUACCAAAUGACAGAGCCCAUCCGUACCUUUAAAGAUGGCUGGGUAGCCUACUACAAUCAGUCCAUCUUCUUCGCCGGCAUGUCUCUGGCUUUCUUAUACAUGACUGUUCUGGGCUUCGACUGCAUCACCACAGGCUACGCGUACACUCAGGGCCUGAACGGCUCCGUGCUCAGUCUCCUCAUGGGAGCCUCGGCUGUAUCUGGGAUCUGUGGGACAGUGGCCUUCACCUGGAUCAGAAAAAAGUGCGGCCUCAUCAGGACGGGCUUCAUCGCUGGAGUCACCCAGCUGUCCUGUCUCACGCUGUGUGUAGCAUCUGUCUUCGCCCCUGGCAGCCCUUUCGAUCUCAGCGUCUCGCCCUUCGAAGAGGUCUUAAGACAUCUGUUUGGAGACAGCGGCUCGCUGCGUGAGAGUCCUACAUUCAUUCCUACAACUGAACCCCCGAUUCAGGCCAACGUCACCGUUUUUGAGGAAGCCCCCCCAGUAGAGUCCUACAUGUCUGUCGGGCUUCUCUUCGCUGGUGUUAUUGCUGCUAGAAUUGGUCUUUGGUCCUUUGACUUGACCGUGACCCAACUGAUCCAAGAGAAUGUGAUUGAGUCCGAGAGAGGAGUCAUCAACGGCGUCCAGAACUCCAUGAAUUAUCUUCUCGAUCUCCUGCACUUCAUCAUGGUCAUCCUUGCACCAAAUCCUGAAGCCUUUGGUCUUCUUGUAAUCAUCUCCGUUUCCUUCGUGGCUAUGGGACAUAUGAUGUAUUUCAGGUUUGCCUAUAAAAGCCUUGGAAGCCGACUCUUCCUGUUCUGUUCACCCGAGCAGAAGCCAGAUCCCAAUAUUCCCUCACUUCCAAACUCUGUAUAGCUUUUUAAAGAGACCGUAGGCCAUUUCUACUAGAGCACAGGGUGCUGUGUUCUUCCAGAACUUUGCCAGGAUCCCAUCUGUUUUACUAACAUGCAUGCUUUUGCUGCUUGCAGUGCUGUGCAUUGAGUAAAUAUCCUCUGCCAUAAGCUAAAAUAACAAAGAGAAGGAGUUCUCCUUAGCAUAGCAUACUUCUCACUAUCAUGUUCAAGGUGCUGUAAAAAUGCCAGAGAAGCGACCGUAGGAGGAAAUAUAUACACGGAAACUACGGUUCUAUCAUGCUUUAAUGACUUUUGUAAGAGCUCCAAAGCAAAAAUUAGCAUAUUUAUUCUACUUUUACGUAUUAUAUAUAUUUUUUUUCAACUUUAUGGUCGUAGUUAACCUUCAGACUAGUUAUGAGAGUUUUGCAACGUGCUCUACUUAUGAUAGUGUAGUUUUGUAAUGUCUGUCCCUUCUUGCAAGCCACGGUUAAAGUCUCUUUAAUAGUUAUUAAGAGUGCGCUAGUUAUUCAUUCAGGUAAGCUUUUAUAAUGCUUAUAUAUUUAUAUACACGUGUAGUCAGUAUUCUUUAUCUCAGCUUCGGUGGUGCUAUGUUAUUUCAACUCUUCUGGAAAGCUAUGCAGGCGGUUUAUACAUGUAACCAAAGUGGAUUUUUUUGGCAUCGCAUGGAAGUGAGGGAAUUGCCGUUUUUCUUGUGUUAAACAUUCCAUAUUCUUAUUACUGGUGUGACGAUUUCUUGGAGAUUUAGGCGCUGAUAUGCUCCCCAUCGCAGCUAGAGAUUUUAGCACAAGGUAUUUUUGUUCCUGUUUGAUUUGAAAGUGAUUUUCGCACAUAAUUCUUGUUUUUAUUUGCAAAGAUUGUUACACAUGCACUUUACAUGAUUAAUAUACGUUGUCCAUCACAAAACAAGCGCAACAAGACACUUCAGGUAUUACGAUAUUUGCACAAUAGACAAAACCUGCCGACGAAGUUCACGGCUAGGCAAGACAUCUGAUAUUUUUACAUGCAAAUUUAGUCCAAAAUGGGAUUUUCAAAGUACAUUAACCUCAAACCUCAUUAUUUUUUCCUUCCUCUAUAUAUAUAUAUAUAUAUAUAUAUAUAUAUAUA